UCAAAACAAAUCCAAUUCUAUUAUUUGUAUGGUGAAAUUACUUGUUAAAUUAUUUUCAAAAUAUAGGAUUACAAAUUCGAGUUAUCGAAAAAUCUAGCGGAAUCAUACAACCCAUUUCAAUGGCUCCUAAAUCUGGUCAACCAAGAAGGGAUAAAACUAAGGGUACAAUCGAGUAGCGAUUCGGAUACCAACCUACAUCGCCAACCGAAGAUCCAGAGGAUUUUUUACGUUAUUCAAUAAUUCACAUUACUAUUGUUUCGGUACAAACCGGCGAAUAAGCAACAUAGCUACUAUGGCCUUUCGAGAUUGUAAAAUUGUUAGGGCAUUGGCCGGUAUCGCAAUGCGAAUCUGGGCGGCCAGUGGAGCAGCUCUGUUGACUGCCUUUGUUAUCUACAUUGUCUAUGGAGGGUUUUUUGCGUUUCUACUACUGCUGUUCGCCAUCUCAGGAAUACUGUAUCACGCACAAGAUAAUCUACUGUAUCAUCCUGAUUUGCCAGCCAAUUCCCGUAUAUUCAUUCCCGUACCAUCGAUGCAUGGUAUGCCCUACGAAGCAUUGCAUUUGAAAACAAGAGAUGGAGUGUCACUUCAUUCUUUCUGGAUACGGCACCUAGGCGAUAAAGGUCGCUAUGUUCCAACGAUUGUUUAUUUCCACGGAAACGCCGGUAAUAUGGGUCACCGGUUACAAAACUCCAGCGGAUUUUUUCAUAGUCUACAGUGUAACGUUCUAAUGGUAGAAUAUCGGGGUUACGGUCUUUCCGAUGGCACUCCAAAUGAGAGAGGAUUCUUCUCGGACGCUCGAGAAGUGGUAGACCAUUUGUUCAGUCGGCACGAUUUGGACCACAGCCAAAUUGUUGUGUUUGGGCGAUCGUUGGGAGGAGCUGUGGCUAUCGACCUAGCAGCCGAUGCGGUGUACGGCUCGAAACUAAUGGGAGUGAUGGUGGAGAAUACUUUUACAAGCAUUCCUGAUAUGGCAGUGGAAUUAAUACACCCUAGUAUUCGUUAUUUGCCUCUUUGCUGUUAUCGGAAUAAGUUUCUUUCGGUGCACAAGGUCCAGUUUAUCUCGGCACCUAUUUUGUUCAUUUCGGGCCUAGCAGAUACUUUAGUGCCUCCAAAGAUGAUGGCGAUGAUGCAUACUCGCUGUGGCAGCACGCGUAAGCAGAUGCUGCAAAUCGUCGGGGGAUCUCACAACGAUACCUGGGCCAUCAGUGGCUACUAUCAGGGUAUAGCACAAUUUCUAACCGAGUGUAAGGAUAUCAAGGGACCGCUUCAGACGCCACCUGUUAGCCAAAAUGUAUGGCCUCGAGUCGAGGAGGUGUAGGAAAGUCCGAACCGAAACUUGGCUGUGCAGUAUUCGCGUGUUUAUCUGUAAGCAUGGCAGUGCGAAUGAACGUUUGGAAUGAGUGUAAUGGUACAAGAAUAAAUACCUGUCUAGAAACAUAAGAUCUUGCGACAACAAAAUCAACAAUGUGCAAGUGAAACAUCCAGCAACACAAACAAAAACAACAACAAAAACAAUAAGCAUUAACAAAAUUUUACGCAUUAGCAUAACAAUGACAUUAAGAUAAUAAAUUAGUGCAAAAGUAUUUCAUGCUCUCAA